AUGUCGGUGUCAGCGACACCAUACAAACGACAGGAUGCAAUAACCGCCAAAACUGUUUUGCUCGGGGAGAGUGCAGUAGGAAAGAGUUCCAUUGCUCUACGGUUUGCGCGCAACGAGUUCUCCUCGAACCAAGAAACCACUAUUGGCGCCGCCUUCCUCUCGCGAAGCGUUACGGUAUCGGCAACUUCACAAUCCGGUGGCGGGGGCGCAGUAGCAAAUGCCGCUAGUGGGACAAUCAAAUUCGAAAUAUGGGAUACAGCAGGGCAGGAGCGCUACCGCUCUCUCGCCCCCAUCUACUACCGUGGAGCGUGCGGCGCACUUGUGGUGUACGAUAUAACGAGCGCAGAGAGUCUUAAAAAAGCGCAAAUGUGGAUGCGAGAGUUGCGAGCCAAUGCAGACCCAACUCUUCUCAUCAUCUUGGUGGGAAAUAAGAAGGACAUGGAGUCUUUGCGACAGGUGUCGUACGAGGACGGUGCAGCAGUGGCUCAAGAGGAGGAUGUCAACGGUUUCUUUGAGGUCUCUGCCAAAGAAAACGUGAACGUGGAAGAGGUUUUUGCAAAACUUGCGCGGCUUCUUCUUGAGCACGGUUUGGGUGCAAAUUCAGGUCCCGGCUCUUUGUCUGGACCUCGUGGUGCGCAACGUCUGGAGCCCCCGACGCGUCAACAGAAAAAGGAAGGCGGGUGUGCCUGCUGA